AUGUAUUUUAAAACAAAAAAAAUAGUUCUAGCAAAAAUCCAAGAACGAGAAAAAAAUCAUGAAAAUGACAAUGAAACAAUUCGUGAAAUGCUCUUAUCAAUGGGCAGCGUUUGGCUUUUAUAUCAAAGCCCACCCACACAAAAAUCGAAAAAGCUUAGUACAGAGGAUCGUACAAGCUGGCACAAGAUCAGUGGGGGUGGGUCUGGGAAUUCGAUUAUUCGCCCUCAAGAAACAAACAAAACGGUUUCCAAAUGA